AUGUUGCCCGAUGGCCGCCGGCUGGCGGCCGCGCUCCUCCUCCUCCUGGCGGCCUGUCUCUCGUCUGCCCGGGCCGUCACCAGCGAGGAGGCCUCCUACAUCGCGCAACGCCAGCUGCUGGCCAUGAGCGAGGCCGGGGUGGGCGAGGACGGCGACCUCCCCGCGGACGUGGAGUCGAGGCCUUGCCUGGAGUUCGACGGCAAGGCCGCCACCGCCAACAUGACCUUCCCCAACGACCGCCUCCGCCGCGCCUACAUCGGCCUCCAGGCCUGGCGCAAGGCCUUCUACUCCGACCCCAAGAACUUCACCAGCGACUGGGUGGGCGCCGACGUGUGCUCCUACAACGGCGUGACCUGCGCGGAGGCGCCGGACGACGCCAAGGUCACCGUGGUCGCCGGGAUCGACCUCAACGGCGCCGACAUCGCCGGCUACCUCCCGCCGGAGCUCGGCCUGCUCACCGACCUCGCCUUCUUCCACAUCAACACCAACCGCUUCUGCGGCAUCAUCCCCAAGAGCAUGUCGCGCCUCACCAUCCUCUGGGAGUUCGACGUCAGCAACAACCGCUUCGUCGGGCCCUUCCCCUACGUCUGCCUCGAGAUGCCCACGCUCAAGUACCUCGACAUCCGCUUCAACGAGUUCGAGGGCGAGCUGCCGCCCGCGCUCUUCGACAAGCCCUACGACGCCAUCUUCGUCAACAGCAACCGCUUCGUCGGCCCCAUCCCGGAGACCAUCGGCAACUCCACCGCCUCCGUCGUCGUCUUCGCAAACAACAAGUUCGUCGGAUGCAUCCCCAAGAGCAUCGGACGCAUGGCCAAGACGCUCGACGAGAUCAUCUUCCUCAACAACACGCUCGAGGGCUGCAUGCCGCUCGAGAUCGGCAUGCUCACCAACACCACCGUCGUCGACGUCAGCGGCAACGGCCUCGUCGGCUCGCUGCCCAAGGAGAUCUCCGGCUGCAGCAAGCUGGAGCAGCUCGACGUGUCCAGGAACGUCCUCACCGGCAUCGUGCACGAGGCCAUCUGCGAGCUCCCCAUGCUCGUCAACUUCAGCUACGCAUCCAACUUCUUCGAGUCCGAGUCCGCGCCCUGCAUGCCCUCCGACAAAUCCGAGGUCAACCUCGACGACGCCAACAACUGCCUCGGCGCGCUCCGCCCCGCGCAGAAGACCACGCUCCAGUGCGCGCCCGUCCUCGCGCGCCCCGUCGACUGCAACAAGCACGUCUGUGCCGGGCCGCACCCGACGACGACGCCCUCGCCGGACAGGAAGCAGGCAUCACCGCCGGCGCUAUCGCCGAUAAUUGGGCCAGUAAUGGAGAUCCCGACGCCGGCACCAGCACCAGCACCGGGACCCGCACCCGAGCCGGCUGUUUUGGGCCCCAUUGUUGGGCCACUUCCACCCAAGGAUGAGUAUGCUGGUGCUCCGCCACCUCCCAGUUCUGGCUGGCUCCCGUUGACCCCUGAGCGCAAGAGGGCACCUCCACCGGAAGAAUACGCGCCUCCGGAAGAAUACACGCCUCCGGUGAAGGCGCUUCCACCAUCGGGGCCGGUUAAGGGGCUUCCUCCACCAGCACCUGAGAAAGUUCUUACACCACCAACGCCGGUUAAGGUGCUUCCGCCACCCGCACCAGAGAAGGUGCUUCCACCACCGGCGCCCGCGAAGGUGCUUCCGCCACCCGCACCAAAGAAGGUGCCUCCACCACCGACGCCUGUGAAGGAGCAUCCGGCACCCGCCCCAGACAAGGUGCCUCCACCACCGGCGCCUGUGAAGGAGCAUCCGGCACCCGCACCAGACAAGGUGCCGCCACCACCGGCGCCUGUGAAGGAGCAUCCGGCACCCGCACCUGACAAGCCUGCUCCAGUGAGCUCUCCACCACCUCCUGUGAAAUCUCCUCCACCACCUGCACCAGUGAGCUCUCCACCACCUGCACCGAAGAAGUCUCCGCCAACAGAAACACCGGUGAUCCCACCUAAAGAAAAGUCAAUGCCACCACCAACUCCGGCGAAGUCGUCUCCCCCUCCGACCGAGAAGUAUGAACCACCAGCAAAACCUGUUGAAUCAUCACCACCACCGGUGAAGUCAUAUCCGCCAAAAGAACCUACGCCUGAGAAGUCAUCACCACCACCGGUGAAGUCAUAUCCGCCAAAAGAACCUACGCCUGAGAAGUCAUCACCACCUCCGGUGAAGUCCACACCACCGCCAACACCAGUCAGCUCACCGCCACCGGUACCAGUGAAGCCCCCACCGGCUCAAGUGAGCUCACCACCACCAGCGCCAGUUAAGGUACUUCCACCACCCACACCUGAGAAGGCGCUUCCACCACCGGUGCUAGCAAAGCCUCCACCGGCUCCAGUGAGCUCACCACCACCAGCACCUGUGAAGGUACUUCCACCACCUGCACCAGAGAAGGUGCUUCCACCACCGGUUUCCGUGAAGCCUCCACCGGCUCCAGUGAGCUCACCACCACCAGCGCCAGUUAAGGUGCUUCCACCACCCGCACCAGAGAAGGUGCUUCCACCACCUGUGCCGGUGAAGCCUCCACCAGUUCCAGUGAGCUCACCACCUCCCCCUGUGAAAUCUCCACCACCACCGGCUCCAGUUAGCUUGCCGCCACCUCCAGUCAAGUCUCCUCCUCCACCCGCACCGGUGAGCUCACCACCUCCUCCGGUGAAAUCACCACCACCCCCCGCCCCAGUUAGCUCACCGCCGCCUCCAGUCAAGUCUCCUCCGCCACCGGCACCGGUCAGCUCACCGCCACCGGCACCAGUGUUAUUGCCUCCUCCAGCAAAAACCACCCCAGCACCAGCGAAAGAAGAGCCACAGUCACCUCCGGCGGAAUCACUUACACCCCCGAAGUUCGACGAGUUCAUCAUGCCGCCGGUCGUGUCGGCAAAAUACGCAUCACCACCACCACCCCAGUUCCAAGGAUAUUAAGCAUGGCAUCAUCGAAACAUCGACGAGGAGCGACCAAUUAAGGUUUAACACAACAUCGCGUGCACAUGCACAGAUGUACCUCAUUAAUUUGGAACGUGCAUGCAUGCAUGCAUGCGUCGAGACUUAUUAUUAAUUAUGUGUAUGUCUGUGCGUAUGUGCGACUGCAAAGUGUAUGAAGGGAAAUAGAUGUUAUCUAUGAUGCCUUUUUUUUUUUGUUUUUGGAAGUGGGCAAUUUUAUUAAAGCAUCAAGCAACUUUUUUUUUUUGGAAAUGUGAUCCAUAAUGCCGUAUGUUGUGCUUUUCCCUUUAGGACAAAUGUAUUUCUUUCUUUUAUGAGCAAACAGUGUAUGAGAUUGAAGGAACAAAUGCACAGUUAAAUGGUGUUUUGGUUUA